UAACUUGCAUCGAGCGAUGAGCAACUUCUUGGUGUCCACGUUGCAGGCAUCGGACCUCCAGCGACUGCAAAGCCAGCGCGCGGGCGAGACGCGACUGGGCCAAGCCCUCCGCUUCAUCCAUCCCGACCUCCCUCUUCCCCAAGGCCUCCAUGAGGCCAAGGCCCAGGGCGUCAAGUACGUUAUUGUCGGCGUGCCUGAAGACGUCGGUCCUCGCGCCAACUUUGGAAACGGAGGAGCGGCCCUCGGCUUUCAGGCCUUCUUGGGGCGCUUCUUAAAUGUCCAAGCGAAUGCGUUUGUGAAAGGAUCCGAGAUUCUUCUGCUCGGCGAAGUGAACUUGGCCGACAUCCAGGCCAAAUCGGCGUCGUUGAGUGCCAGCGACGAAGCACAGCUGGCAGAGCUGCGAGCGCACGUGCAAACGAUCGAUGAACGCGUGAGCUCCGUCCUGAAGCACGUGUUUGACGCCGACCUCGUUCCCAUCGUCAUUGGGGGCGGCCACAACAACGCCUACCCCAUCCUUCAAGCGCUGUCUCAGAGUCGCAGCAGUGGCGCCGACUGCAUCAACCUGGACCCGCACUGCGACUUCCGCCUCCUCGAAGGCCGGCACAGCGGAAACGGCUUCAGCUACGCGCAUGCAGCCAAGUACUUGAGCUCGUACUACGUGGUGGGUCUGCACGAAGUCAAGAAUGCACAGACUGCCCUCGACCAGAUGACCCAAGCCGGCGCCGGGUUUACUAGUUACCAAGAGAUCUUCAUCCGCCGCCAAACCACGUUUUCCCAGGCUGUGGACAAGGCCAUCGCGUACGUCGGUGGCGGCGGCUCCUCCAAGCCCGUGGGAUUAGAAGUCGACACGGAUAGCAUCUCCGGCAUGCCCGUGAGUGCCCUGACCAAUUGCGGCCUCUCGGUGGCCGACGCCGAGCAUUAUGUGUACAAAGUGGCGACGCAGCUGAAGCAGCGGGUUGCGUAUCUGCAUUUGGCCGAGGCGGCGCCGGGGCAGCAUCCCGCCGGAGUGGCCGCGGGGAAGAGCGAAGCGGGACAAAUCCUCACGGCGCUCGUGCUCGCAUUUGUGCAAACCAAUUAAAAUACGGUCAAACGCAGUGUGUAUUUUUUAAAAAUAUGCGUCCUGGAUCGUACUGGGCG